GCAAGCUCGCAGCAGGCCCGCAGAGCCAGUCUCCUCCGCGCAGCAGCCCGUUCAUCGGCGUCGUCCGUCAGCUAGUCGAAGCGCGAGAGGGCGAUGAGCCAGCCGCGGCGCCGCUGCCCACGAUAAGCCGCGACUCCGCAAGCCCGCAGCGCCGCGUCACCGUCGCCGCCAGCGCGCGCGCGCGCGCUUUGUCUGGCCAGUCCGCGCCUCUCGGGCCGCGCCGCCGCUCCUCGUCCCCCUGGCCGUCGCUCGCCGGCAAGGCCGCGCGAUGAGUGCUCGAUCGGGCGCGCCGGUCGCCAGUGAUGCAGUCGACGGCCGCCGCAGCUGGCAGCCCCCCCGCCGCCGCCGCCGCCGAGUCGCCGCCGCUCAUCCGCAGGUAAGAGCGAUCCCAAGCGAGACGUCAUGCCGAGGGUCCGGCGUGAAUCCAUUCGGCGAAAGUCCAGGCAGAAAGCCCGAAAGCCCACGAGGGAAGCUAAUGAAGAUGCAGUCCAGGAUGUCUAGCCCAGCAGCAACAGCAGCAACAGCAGCAACAGCAGCAGCAGCAGCAGUAACGGCUCACGCACAGAUGCCGAUCCAGAGGCAGACGGCCAGGCAGCCAGGCAGCCGGCUGGUGCGGCUGGCGCUGCUCGCGGCGACGCUGACGGCCGCGCUCGGCCAGGCCGCGGCGGCGUUCUGCCCGGCUGGCUGCGACUGCGACGACGAGACGCUGGUGGUGUCGUGCAGCAACGCCAAGCUCGACGUGAUCCCGAUCGCGCUGAACCCCAGCAUCCAGCGGAUCAACCUCGGCGGCAACCUGAUCAAGACCGUGGACGCGGCGGCGUUCCAGUUCUACGGCGACCUGCGCAUCGUGAACCUGUCGGUGAACCACCUGCUGAGCAUCCCCGACCUGAGCUUCGAGGCGCAGAAGCAGCUCGUGGAGCUGCACCUGCAGAGCAACAAGAUCUCGGCGCUGAGCGAGCGCACCUUCCACGGGCUGCGCUCGCUGACGGUGCUGAACCUGCGCAACAACUACCUGGAGGGCCUGGGCCAGGGCCUGUUCGCCGCGCUGGACCGGCUCGAGGAGCUGGACCUCGGCGAGAACCGCAUCUCGAGCGUGGACCCGGACGCGUUCCAGAAGCUGGGCGCGCUGCGCGUGCUCUACCUGGACGACAACCAGCUGCAGAGCAUCCCCUCGGCGGCGCUGGGCCCGCUGAACGCCCUCGCCGAGCUGCACAUCGGCCUGAACGCCUUCACCGCGCUGCCCGACGACGCCUUCCGCGGGCUCGAGCGCCUGGCCGUGCUGGACGUGGCCUCGGCCGGCCUGGACAACAUCAGCCUGGAGGCGUUCCGCGGGCUGGCGGCGCUGCGCAGCCUGCGCCUCAACGACAACAGCCUGCGCGAGGUGCCCACGCGCCAGCUGGCGCGGCUGGCGCGCCUCGAGGAGCUCUGGCUCGGGCAGAACUCGUUCGCGGCGCUGCGCGCCGGCUCGUUCAAGGGCCUGCUCAACCUCAAGAAGCUGGACGUCUCGGGGGCGAAGCUGCUGAGCGCGGUGCGCCGCGGGGCCUUCUCGGACAACGCCAACCUGGAGACGCUCAGCCUGAACAGCAACAAGCGCCUGGCCACGCUAGAGGACGGCGCGCUGGCGGGCCUGCCCAACCUGCGCUACCUCUACCUGCGCGACAACAACUUCGCCGGCUUCAGCGAGUCGCUGCUCGCCUGGACGGAGCUGCGCCACCUCAACCUCAGCGAGAACCCGCUCGUCUGCGACUGCGGCGUGCUCUGGCUGAGCGAGGUGCUGGCCUCGCGCAACUUCAGCCCGGUCAACUGCGCGGAGCCGCCCGAGCUCAAGGACAAGUCGCUGCGCGGCAUGCGCCCCGAGCGCCUCGGCUGCGCCUUCUCCGACCCGAAGAAGCAGGCGCUGCUGGCCACGCUGGCCGCCGCGGGCCUGGCGGCGGCCGCGGGGGCGGCCUUCGUGCUCUACUACCGCUGCAGGCGGCGCGUGCGCGACGCCUUCAAGGACCUCGAAUGGAAGAACCGCGCCAUCUCGCGCAAGGAGCACGAGUACCAGAAGACCUUCAGCGAGGACGAGUACGUGGUACGGGCGGCGGCCGCGGGGCCUCAGCCGCUGCGGCUACAGGCGCACGCGCACGCCCACCAGCAGCAGCUGGCCGCCGUCCACCAGCAGCAGCAGCAGCAGCACCACCACCACCACCACCAGCAGCAGCAGCAGCAGCAGCACCACCACCACCAUCACCAUCAGCAGCAGCAGCACCCGCACCAGCAGUUCCCGCACCCGCAGCAGCAGCACCCGCACCCUCACGCGCACCAGCAGCAGCUGGCCUCCUCCGCGGGCCUCAAGCCCGUGCCCGUCACGGAGCUGUAGCUAGAGCUUCGCGCGGCGAGCCCCGGCAACGGCGGCCAGCCGCAGGCCGGCGGGGUCUGGUUUCUGCCGCACGGCGGGAGCGGCGGCACGCCCACCGAGGGCUUCGCCUACCUCGACAGCGACGGCGCGCGCC